AUGGCUUCCAACAAAGUUAGCAAGGCUAAGGCUACCAAGAAGGCUGUUGCUAAGCCUUCCCCCAAGCGUGCUAAGGGCGCCCCGGAAAUUGGCCGUGAUAUAAUGGAAGAGAGGCUUGAGUUCUUACUUACCUGUCUCAAGGAGACAGGAAUCAAGAUCAAUUACGCCGCUGUCGGUCAGCACUAUGGCAUCUCCGCCAAUGCUGCGUAUCUGCGGUUUCUACGUUCCAAAGAUCAUGUCGCUAAACUUGUGAGCGCCAGAGAGGCAGCUCGGAAGAGUGAUGCGGCUCUUAAAGAUGACGAGGACCUCGAGAUCACAGAAGAUGAGGAGGCCUGA